AUGAUGCUUCCUGUUUCAAAGUUUUUUACAGUUCAGGUACGCUUCUUGUUCGAGUCCGUUCACCCAUUUAGCUUUCAGGAACCUUCAAACGCUCUCCUCUCGUACAUACAGAAAGGAAUCGACUUUUUCGAAAGAAUCGGUCAGUUUUCGAAAGAGAAAGCUGCCAUCGAGGAAGAGUAUUCUACGAAAUUAAAAAAUCUCGCGAAGAAAUAUGCGAAAAAAACGGAAGAGGAAGACGAAGUGCUGAAAAGUGUCAGCUAUAUCAGCGCAUUCAAUUCAUUUCUCUAUCAGUUGGAUCAAAUCGCCGGAAAACAUCAUGCAGCAGCGGAAAGCACUCGGGAAGACAUUGUCGCCUACGUCUCAUCGAAAGCGUGCCAGCUGAGAAGUUCUCGGAAAAAUGCGAUAAGCGAUUUGAAGACAAUCAAUGAUAUUCUAGAAGACCACAUAAACGAUAUGUGGAAAUCUGGAAAGAUAUAUUCAAGGGCGUAUAAGGAUGCAGAGAGUGCGUAUCAAAAGUUUUACAAAGCCGAUAAAAACUUGGAGAUUUCAAGACUGGAGUUGGAAAAAACUAGAUCACAUGCGAUGACUCGUAACGAAAUAUGCGAAAAAGCGAAGAGCGACUACUCAAAAUCUGUAUCCACUACCAAUUCUGAACAGAAAAAGUAUCAUGAUGAGCUUCUUCCUGUGAUAUUCUCAAGAUUGAAAGCCGUGGAUAAGGAGUGCAUUGGCGAUAUGAGCCACGUGCUUCAAAAAUUGAUAACUGUUGAUGAGUGUCUCUCGGAAGGAAUCGGGUGUUGCCGUCAGAAGACUCAGAAGAUCGUUAAUAACAUUGAAGCAGAAUCCGAUUCCCAACUUGUUCUAGACUCUGUCGAGGCUAUGAUGGAGAAGCCAACUCCAUUCGACUUUGAAGAUCUUGGUGAUCCAAAAGAUUGCGAUAGUCGUGCCGGUGAUUCCAUCGAUGGGAAACACAAAUCAGAAGCUCUGAUGCCAAUUCUCAAAAGUCCUAACAAAAAGAAUCUGCUGGGAAACUUUUUGGGAAUCAAAAAGAAAGAGCCAGAAAAGUUGGAAUCGCCAAGAGAAGUGUACGCUGACAAGAACAAACCAGCACAUGUCCGACUUUCUUGUCUUCGUUCCAAAAUUAAGAGCAUGGAGAAAGAGCUCGAGCAAGCCACCCAGGGAAGAGAGGGCAUAACCCGACUACAAAAAGCGUACUAUGCGAAUCCCCAACAUGGAAAUCCGGACGCUUGUACUGCUCCGUUGAUAUCAUAUGCGAAGAAAAUCGAGGCAUUGAAAGCGAAUAUACAAGAUUUAAAAGAGUUGUAUAUUCUAUUGGAGGCGAGUGCAGAAAGUAGUACACCAACUGAGCGGUCGUUUGGCGGAAGAGAUACUCCAGAUACAACAAGAAGUAUGUCAGGAUGCUCCACCAAUGUAUCUUCAACGAAAACUUUGGAAGAUGGAGUGAUCAGAGAGCGAGGAGGUUCUUCAGGCGACGACUCUUCGAAAAAUAUCGUGAGAAGAAUCAGUUUAAAAAAUGAGAUUUUCAAGAAAUACUUGCAGAUCCGACAAAUUCUCACAACUCCAAAACGAAUCAUUAGCUCUCCAAGAACUCCAAAAAGUGCUCCGUUCUCAGCCACGAACACACCAGUCCGUCGAAAGAAAGAUAUCUCGUCUCCAGUUCUCCGAUCUUCAUUCUCUGGUAGUUUUGUAGUUCAAAAGAAAACGUCUAUCCAACCAAAUCCAACUUUAGGAGCGAUUCGAAAAAUGCCAGGAUCCGCUACGUCGUCACCACACCGUUCAAUUUCAUCACCAAUGAAAAUCGACAAGUCUGAAAUUCUAGUGACAGUGCUUUUUGAGUUCGAGCAGUCUUCCGCGGAGACGAUGUCGAUUAUCCCAGGAGAAGAGCUUUUCGUUCAGGAAACUGACAAUGGAGAUGGCUGGACUAGGGCCAGGAAGAAAAGAAACCAAGAAGUUGGAUUCGUGCCAACUUCCUAUCUUCAGUUUCCUGUCGCAUCGAUAUGCAUUACGCCACCAUAA